CGUUUGAAGUUCUCAGUAUUGAUCCUGAAUACUACAAAAACAAACAAUCAAAACAUCUGUUUAGGGAAAUUUGGCUGUCAUUCGCACUAAAAAUAUUUUUGUAAACAUUUUGUUAAUAUACCGAUUAUUUCGCCAUUAAAAUAUGCUUUAAAAUAUUAUAAAAAUAAUAAUAACUUAAGUUUUUGACGUGAAAUAGCAAAUAAAACCAUGGAUGACCUAAAUCCACUUGCCGGUACGGCACAUCUUUUGGAAGAAGUGGAUAAGAAGUUAAUGGUGCUAUUGCGCGAUGGACGAACGCUAAUUGGUUACCUGCGCUCAGUAGAUCAAUUUGCCAAUUUGGUGCUGCACCGAACCAUCGAACGAAUACAUGUGGGCAAUGAGUACGGUGAUAUACCUCGUGGAGUGUUCAUUAUACGUGGGGAGAAUGUCGUGUUGCUGGGAGAAAUUGAACUGCCGCUUCUACAGCGAUUCCCAAAUAUAUGCAUUUCCUUUGCAGGAUCGGGAAAAAGAGUCCAAUUUACCACUGAAAGAGAUUUCUGUUGAUGAAAUACUAGAUGCACAACGUAGGGAACAAGAACAGCGGCAGGAGAAACAUCGACUAAUAUCGAAAGCACUAAAGGAGCGGGGUUUAGCUGUAAACACAGAUAUAAUUAAUGAAGACUUUUGUUAAAAAGCUCUUGAUUAAGGUUACAAAUAAUAUGACAUACCUAUCGUAAGUGAGAAAACUGGACGCCGUGAAAAGAAAUAAUAUAUUUUUAAGAACUUUUUCAGCCUU